AUGCAGGGGCUUGUCCCCUUCACCCUCACCUUCCUCUCAAUCCUCUGCCAACAAACCAUGGGCCGCUUAUUCCCCAUCAACGUGGACCGUCUCCCUUUCGUCGGGCGACGAACAGCAAUAGACGACCCACAGGACAGGGUCUACUCAUGCCUCACAGGCCCAGCCCGAUCGACGACCGAACGCACUCGCUUCGGCACCCUCGGGUGCACAGUCUACGGCUACCCCUCCACUGGCGGCGUUCUCAUCAAAGAAGCCGACCUCCUCGACAUGCUUUUCCUGUCGCUCCCGCGCUCUCAUGUCUCGCAGCGCUCGCCCAGUGCCGAGGAAGAAGACCGGUUCUGUAAGCUUCUGCGCCGGACGGGUGCGACGUUCUGGCCGAGCCAGCAGGAUUGGUUCGACGUACAGAUGGGCUUGAGGGAGAUGACGGAGGAAGAGGAGAAGGUGAUUGUGUACGGUUGGCCAGCGGAUGGAGUGGGGGUGUGGGUGUUGCGGUUCGCGAGUGCCAACGAACUGCCCGACGACUUUGGGAGAAUGAGUUUGGUGAUGAAUAUGGAGGAGAAGAUACGGAUUAUGAAGGAGUAUGGCGCUACGUUUGUUGAGGAUGUCUCGCAGGUGGAGGAACUCAACAUGAUGGAAAACAAACGAACCCUUAUCGAUAAGGGCAAACGGCUCGAUUUCGUCACUGCCGCCAAGCUUCUCUGCGAUUCCAUCAUGGAACGCGCCAGGAAAUUCUUCGUAUACUGCUGCACCACCUGA